AUGUUUUUCUCUGUCACUCUUUCGAUAUCUAUCUAUCUAUCUAUCUAUCUAUCUAUCUAUCUAUCUAUCUAUCUAUCUAUCUAUCUAUCUAUCUUAUUAGCAUAUUUCCUUGUAUUUUUCGUUCUUUCUUUUCAAACUUCUUUUUCAUUCUUUCUUUCUUUCUUUUCAAUCAUCUUUUUCUAUCUUUCUUUCUUUUCGCCCAUUUUUUUUUUUCUUUCUUUCUUUUCAAACAUUUUUCUUUCUUUCUUUUCAAACAUUUUUUUCUUUCUUUUCGAACAUAUUUUUCUUUUUUUUUUCUUUUUAACUUCUUUCUUUUUUCUUUCUUUCUUUUCAAACUUCUUUUUCAUUUUUCUUUCCUUUCAAUCAACUUUUUCUUUCUUUCUUUCUUUCUUUCUUUCUUUCUUUCUUUCUUUCUUUCUUUCUUUAGUUUUUAUCUAUCUAUCUAUCUAUCUAUCUAUCUAUCUAUCUAUCUAUCUCUUAAUCUUCGUAUCUCUCUCACUCUCUCUUUCGCUCUCUUUGUCUCUCUUUCUAUUUCAUAAUGUUCUUAUCUCUCUCUCUCUCUCUCUCUCUCUCUAUCUAUCUAUCUAUCUAUCUCGCUCUCUCUUUCUCUGUAUGUCUGUCUGUCUAUCUAUCUAUUUCAUAAUGUUCUUAUCUCUCUCUGUCUCUCUAUCUAUCUAUUUCAGUCUAUUUGCUAUCUAUCUAUCUAUCUAUCUAUCUAUCUAUCUAUCUAUCUAUCUAUCUAUCUAUCUAUCUCAUAAUGCUCUUAACUCUCUCUCUCUCUAUUUCAUAAUGUUCUUUGCUCUCUCUCAGUCUAUCUAUGUUAUCUAUCUAUCUAUCUAUCUAUCUAUCUAUCUAUCUAUCUAUCUAUCUAUCUAUCUAUCUAUCUCUUGA